AUGGGGUUCAAGUUAAAGACAUAUGUUGUUAUCUGUUGUGAUGAUUCUAGUGAAGACGACGAAGAUGAAGCAAAACAACCGGCGGUUGAAGAUGAUGAUGAUGAGCAAAAGAAUGGUGAAAGAUAUGGACUUUCUUCUCAAUUUUCUAAUUACAAAAAGCUGAAAAACACAUAUGUUAAAAAGAAGGGGAAAAAGGGUAGGAAUGGAAUUGAUACAGAUGAUUUUGAUCCUAGUUGUGGUACACUUGCUAGAGUGAGUUGGUUUAGGGUUAUUUUGGAUGAGGCUCAAACUAUAAAAAAUCAUACAACACAAGUGGCCAGAGCCUGCUGCAGUCUUAGAGCGAAAAGAAGGUGGUGCUUGUCUGGAACACCUAUACAAAAUUCCAUUGACGAGCUAUUCAGUUACUUCAGAUUUCUAAGACACGAUCCCUAUGCUGACUACAAAACAUUUUGUAGUGGUGUCAAGUACCCAAUAGCUAUGAACUUGAUACAAGGUUACAAGAAGCUUCAAGCAAUCUUGAGGGCCAUUAUGUUGCUCCGAACAAAAGGUACAUUGAUUGAGGGCCAGCCAAUUAUAAACUUACCACCAAAAACUAUACAUUUGAAAAAGGUGGCUUUCUCUGCUGAGGAGCGUGAUUUCUAUAACAGGCUAGAAGCUGCAUCUCGCUCACAAUUUAAGGUGCCUUUCUAUUUUCCUGUCCAUGUAUUAAAAUGUGAAUGUUGUGCUAAAUUAUUAAAUUUUACUAUUGUCUUCCCGUUGUUUUUAAUUGAUAUGAAGGAUAGGGAUCCACCCAAAUAUGCUGUUGUCACUUUGUGCAAACAUGUCUUCUGCUAUCAAUGUGUAUCUGAGUAUUUGACUGGGGAAGAUAAUACUUGUCCUACUCAUGGAUGCAAAAAACAACUUCAUGCUGAUAUUGUAUUUUCAGAGGCUGUCCUUAAAAGAUGCACUUCUGAUAAUCUGGAUAAAGAUCCUCUGAAUUUAUCUGUAUAUGAUGAUAAAUCUAUAAUGGGGAAAAAGUAUUGUUCUUCCAAAAUCAGGGCUUGUCUUGAAAUUCUUAAUUCAUUUUGUAAAUUAGAAGAUUCCAGCUCAGAUUCUGAUAUCUUGGUCCAAUCGAAUGGGGAAACCUCAUCUAUUGAAAACAAAAACUCAGUUCCACACUCAGUGGACGGGCAUGUUGGACCUAGUUGA